AUGAUUGCGAGAGCUGCAAUACGUGAAGAGCCAGAAGUCAUCGACCUUCUAAGUGACGAUAGCGUGCCCAGCAGCGCCACUCCACAGACAAGAACUCCACUCGAUCUCGAUGAGGAUGGCAAUCUUUCGCCACUUCAUGACUUGCCCUAUGGUGUCUUUCAUGAUUUCGACGACUUGGAGGAUGAUCUUCCUGUACCAGUGGCCGCAGAACCUCUACAUCGAGGCCAGUACAUCAACAUCGACGGUGAAGACAUCUUUAUCCCGGACGAGGAAGAAGUGCCGCCUGUUCAAGGUGACGCCACCGAGCUUGAUGCGGAGCUGGCGGCUGCUUUGAGCAAUGAGCAAGCAGAUGGUGGUGCACAAGCUGGUGCCGCAGACUUUGCACUCGUGGACGAAGAAAUCACCGCCGAUUCUUGCUUGCAGCGAGUGCUUGAAAUCUUCCCGGAUGUUGACCACGAGCACAUUCGUAAACUCUGGGCUGACUUUGAUUCGAAUGAGGACUAUGAAAGUCUAUCUGGCUCAGGUCGACUAGACAACAUCAUCAACCAACUAGUCUCUGCUACCAGCUACCCAAAAGCAGAGAAGGGCAAGCAGGCUACCCACAAACGCAAGCGCGAAGACAGUAUCGACGAGAACGACUUCAAGCAGUGGGAAGACGUUGAUAGACACGAGACACCAGCAUAUCUCAAAGGCAAUAUACGGCACAUCUUGAAAUCCGAGUUUCCCGAAUUUCCCGUACAGUACAUCAAUGACAUACUCUCGCAGCACAAGCAUGUCUACCAGUCAUACAUGGCUCUUGCAGCGGCAAAGGAUCGCAAAGACCCAGCAGCUGGGCGUGGCAGACCAUCGACCAGGAACCUAGCGGAUGCUAACAACACCGCAGUCAAUACUGGAUGGCCUGUAUUACCCUUGGAGCUUGAUGCAGCUCGCAAGAAGGUGGUUGAGAUUCGUGCUGGAUAUGCGAGGGAAGGCCGGAGAAAGAGACUGGAGGAGGAGAACCUGCAGAAGGCAAAGGAUGCUGGGGAGAUAACAGAGUGUUCAGCAUGCUGCGAUGACCUACCAAUGAACCGCCAAAUCCAUUGCGAUGGGACGAUCGCGCACUUCAUCUGCUUCGAGUGUAUUGAGACGUACAUCAGCAGCGAGGUCGGAGAAGCAAGGUGUCGUGUACUUUGUACUGCAGGGUGUAGUGCACCAUACCCACCGAAUCAGCUCAAUCUGCUGUCGAACAAACAGCUGUUGGCUAAGCUCGCUGAGCUGGAACAGGAGAAGGCGAUACGGGAUGCUGAGCUGGAAGACCUUGAGGAAUGCCCCUGCUGCGACUACAAGGCUAUCCUUCCUCCUAUCGAGGAGGACUUCGAGUUCCGUUGCGCCAACCCUGAAUGCGAGAUGGUCACCUGCCGGCGAUGUAAGGCGAAGUCACACAUUCCACUUUCUUGUGAGGAACAUGCCAAGGACAAUAAGCUAAAAAGCCAGCACACGGUCGAAGAAGCCAUGACAGCCGCAUUGGUUCGAUCUUGCAACAAGUGCAAGAAACAAUUCAUCAAGCAGGACGGGUGCAACAAGAUGACAUGCCCUUCGUGCAGUAAUCUUCAGUGCUACGUGUGCUCACAAAGCAUUACCAGCUACGAUCAUUUCGACCAAACCCCACAUCGAGCCAAUGUCACUGGUGGCAACGGGAAGAAGAAGUGCCCGCUUUACGACGCAAAUGGCGUCGAGGAGCGCCAUGAACGUGAGGUGAAGGAAGCUGAAGAAGCGGCUCGCAGAAAGGUGCUGGAGGAGAAUCCGGACGUGCAGCAAGAAGAUCUGGAAAUCAAGGUUUCCGAUGCUGUCAAGAAAGUCACGUCAGGGCGAGCCGAUGGAGUGGCUGGUCUCGGAGGAGGCUGGAUGGCUGGACUGUAUGCGGGAGCAGGUGUAUUGGGUGGCUUUGACGGUAUGAACGACGCACUCGACGAGCAGUUCCAACGCGUGAACCAGAUGCAUGCGCGCCAGAUUCGCGACGCAGAUGCUGAAGCUAGAGGCCGAGCAUAUCGUCGAAAUGCUGAGGACCGUGCAGCUAGGCGCGCGCGGCUCGCGCGGGCUGCAGAGGCUGCAGUAGCUGCGGAGGAUGCACUCGCCCUCGCGCCUGCACCUGUGCCUGCUGUUCAAGGCUUCAUUCCCGUGGUUGCUGCUGCUCCUGGUGGGAUUGGUGGUGGCGGCUGGCCUGGAUAUCCAAAUCCGUAUCUUGAUCAAACGGCAGGCCUUCAAGCUGGGGCGAAUCAGCAUGUUGCAGCACUACCUGCAGGAGGAGGCUACAACGCAUGGGGAGACAACAUGCUCGAUGCGCUGCAUCUUGCACGCCUUCCGGACCCGAAUGCAUAUCCAGGGUUUGAUCCCAUCGUUCCGGUCAACAACCACCUAGCUGCUGCACCCGGGGACAUGAAUCGGGACAGAGAACGACAAGAUCGACUAGGUCAGUUGUAUGGGGUGUAUGCGGAUCGAUUAGACUUGGUGAGGAGGCCUGCGCCAGCCCAACCACCUCAGGCAGGCAUGAACCCGCAACAACCUAACCAACAGCAAGCACGCGACGCGGCUUUACAAGAUCUUCGUGCGGAUCGCGACCAGCGCAUGCAGCGGAUUAGGGAUCAGUUACAGCAAGAGCGCUUGCUCGUGAAUUUGCAAGGCCAGCAGCGCUUUCACCAGCAGCAUGGUCUCAAUGAUCGCCUGCAAAGGCAACAGCUCUUGCAUCAGCAAUUGGCUCUGCAGCGGCAACAGCAAGCAGAGGAUAUACUAAGUCUGGCGGCGUAUCGGAAUAAUGCUGCGAGGGGUCGUCCGGGGGAUGCUCAGCAAUAG